AUGCCAUUGGUGCUUGCUGAACGGAAAUGGGUUGCAGAUAGCGCCAUUGGCGGCUGGCGGCGGGGCCUGAAGGUUCCUAGGCUUAUCGCUGCACCGCAGCUGUCGAGCUCUAGCGCAUCGGCCCCUCAGCCGUUGAGACGGUGGCCGCUGAGCGAGGCUGCCCCAGCUCCAGGCCCAGCUCCAGGCGCAGACCCUGGCCCAGCCCCUGGCCCAGCUCCAGGUCCAGCUCCAGGCGCAGACCCUGGCCCAGGAGGAGCGAUCGCAGGAACUAAAAUUGAAUGUGUGUUAAUGAAAUUUUUAUUUCAGGUUAACAAUAAUAAGGAAGAAGACAAGAUCGCUUCACAUCUGCUCAGUUCCUUUUUCCAACGACGCUCCAUGAAGACACCUCUCCAUCGCCACGACUCCAAAGGUCUUUUGUAA